UUCUCUUCACCCUGUGGAUGCUCCGUCUCUCAGAGCGAAAUAUGAAGGUGCUCUUUGCAGCUGCUCUCAUCGUGGGCUCGCUCUUCUUCUUGCUGCUGCCAGGUCCCUCCGUGGCCGAUGAGAAAAAGAAGGGUCCCAAAGUCACCGUCAAGGUGUACUUUGAUCUACGAAUUGGAGAUGAAGAUGUAGGCCGGGUGGUCAUCGGUCUCUUUGGAAAGACUGUUCCGAAAACAGUAGAUAAUUUUGUGGCCUUAGCUACCGGAGAGAAAGGAUUUGGCUACAAGGACAGCAAAUUCCAUCGGGUGAUCAAGGACUUCAUGAUCCAGGGUGGAGACUUCACCCGGGGAGAUGGCACUGGAGGAAAGAGCAUCUAUGGCGAACGUUUCCCCGAUGAGAACUUCAAGCUGAAACACUAUGGGCCCGGCUGGGUGAGCAUGGCCAAUGCAGGCAAAGACACCAACGGCUCCCAGUUCUUUAUUACUACAGUCAAGACAUCCUGGCUAGAUGGCAAGCACGUAGUGUUUGGCAAGGUUCUAGAGGGCAUGGAUGUAGUCCGAAAGGUGGAGAGCACCAAGACAGAUGGUCGGGACAAGCCCCUGAAGGAUGUGACAAUCGCAGAUUGUGGCAAGAUUGAGGUGGAGAAGCCCUUUGCCAUUGCCAAGGAGUAG